AUGUGUUCUACAAAUAAAGGCUUUAAAUGCUGCUCAGCAGAAAAUGUUUUUGAACCUGCAGGAAAUGAAAAUCAAGCAUACCCACAAGUGGUAAAUAAGCAGUUACCACCAAAAGUAUUAGAACCAAUAGUUCAAAAUAAAAUUGUUGAAGUACCAAAGGAGGUAUAUUUGGAAAAAAUUAUAGAAGUUCCUCAAAUAAAAACAGUUGAAAGAAUAGUAGAACAAAUUAAGCCAAUUAUCAAAUACAAAAAUGUCUAUAGGCCAAAAACUGUUUACGUCGAAAAAAUUAAGAAUGUUGAUAGAAUUAUUUAUCAAGAAAAAAUUAUUGAAGUACCACAAAUUAGAACUGUUGAAAAAGUAGUUGAUGUACCAGUAUAUGUUGACAGAGAAAGAAUUAUUAAAGUUCCUAAAUAUAUGGUUGUAGAAAGAGUAAUACCAAUAUUAAAAACUACUAAAACAGAAAGAGUUAUGGAAGUACCAGAAGUAAACUGUCCAGAUAUUGAUGUUAAUGAAAAAGUGGAAACUAAAGAAAGAAUUGAAGUUAAAGACCUAAAAGAAAAUCAAACAACAAAAGUUGUAGAUGAAAAAGAGGUUCAACUUUUAAAUGAAUUAAAUAAUUCAAAUAUGAAUUUGGAACCUACUAUUAAUAUAGAAACUACUCAAGAACAAACCAUGAAAAAUGGAACACAGGAAAAUUUUUGUACUACACUAGGUUGCAAGUUUCUUCCUAUAUAUCAAAAUUUUGUGAAGGUAGCAUCUCCCAUACUCAGAAUACAUCAAGAAAGAGAAAGACAAAUGAUAAAUUCAAAUGUAUAUAGAGCAAAACAAAUUGGUUUUCCUAGAAUUAGAAUUGCUAGAACUCCACACACAAAUCAAAGAAGCUGUUAUUGUAACUGCUCUUAA